AUGAAGAGCCGGUCCCUAGCAUUGGCUGCUCUUGCUGUCACACUGUCACUGCUAUUAUUAAGCUGGUCUACCAGAGCCAGAGCUGAGGUUUUCCCAUCAAUACAUGUGCACUCUUGGCCAUCGAGCAAGCCUUCAUCAUCUCGUCACGCUCAUAGGAAGAAUCUUUCUAAGCAGCUCUAUUCCAGUUUCCGAAGGAUACCUCCAAGCAAAUCGAAUCCCACACAAAACAAGUUCAAUCCUCCAACGUAUGGUUGA